UACUCUAGAUGAAGCUUUCCUUCUCUGGGGGAAAAAGAUGAAGGAUAAGUGGCAAGAAUUCAGAUUACAUUUAGUUACCUGGAAUGUAGGCACAGCUUCUCCACCUCCUGAUGUCACUAGUUUGCUUCAGCUCGAUUCUCUGGGCCCAUCUAUGGAUAUGUAUGUUGUAGGCUUGCAGGAGGUGAACUCAAGGAUCACAAAUUUUCUGUCUGAUUUGGCGUUUGAUGAUCCAUGGAGCAUUUUUUUCAUGACCGUAUUGUCUCCAUUGGGAUAUAUCAAGCUCUCCUCCGUUCGCAUGCAGGGAUUACUGCUGCUGAUCUUUGUGAAGCACGUCCACCUUCCUUUCAUACGGGAUGUUCAUACCCACUACACACGCACAGGCCUCUAUGGAUACUGGGGGAACAAAGGAGGAGUCACCAUUCGCAUGUCCCUCUAUGGCCAUACCAUUUGUUUCAUGAACUGCCACUUGCCAGCUCACAUGGAGAACACAGAGCAAAGACUGGAUGACUUUGAGAAGAUUCUGGAAAUGCAGUUUGAAGGAGAGAACAUUCCAAGUACAUUGGAUCACGAUGUCCUCUUCUGGUUUGGGGAUCUAAAUUUCCGGAUAGCAGAUUAUGGCAUACAUUUUGUCCGUGAAUCGAUAAACAACAAGCGUUACAAUUUGUUGUGGGAAAAGGACCAGUUAAAUAUGGCCAAAAAGAAGGAAGCAUUUCUUCAGGAAUUCAUGGAGGGUCCUCUGCAGUUUAAACCCACCUACAAGUUUGACCUGUAUUCAGAUGUGUAUGAUACAAGUGAGAAGAAAAGAAAGCCAGCAUGGACUGAUAGAAUUCUUUGGAGAGUGAAACAUCUCUGCCAGCAUGCAGCAAAAGAAGGCCAGUUCUCUGAAGAAGAGCAGACAAUUUCUGUUACUUUGAAUAAUUAUAUCAGUCACAUGAGCUAUGGCAUCAGCGACCACAAACCUGUUACAGGAACUUUUGGGCUUGAGUUGAAGCCUCUUCUAUCAGAACCUUUGGUCACUUUGAAUCCUGAGGGUGAGUGGAGUGCAGAACAUGAUGUUCUGAUCAACUAUUCUGCAGUGCCUGAAUUCCCAAGCAGUGCUUGGGACUGGAUUGGACUCUUCAAGGUGACUUUCAGGCAUGCGAAUGACUAUGUGACUUAUGCUUGGGUAGAAGAUGAUGAAAUUUCUUCUAACAAAGACAGUAAACAAGUUUACAUGAGUGCUGCAGAAAUACCUGAUAUAGGAGGAGAAUUUGUGCUUUGUUAUUACAGCAAUAAUUUGCAGUCAAUAGUUGGUAUCAGCCAGCCUUUCCAGAUUCAGCCCAACAGAACGUUCAUGGGAAGGGAUCUGAGGCAGGAGGAGAACAGCUGGACACGGAAACCGGACAAUCUGGAAUCGCGGGAAGAGUUCUGAAGGCAGAAGGGGACAUCUAGUGGUCCUGGUUCAGGAGUCAGAUGAUUGUUUUAGUCAUUAUAAGCUUUUACUCUUAGAAAAUGGAGUCAGACAGUGCAAGUAAGACAGGUAGGAUUGUUCAGAAACUUUGUAUGCUCUUAGAAGAUAAUUUAUUGUGGAAACAGAUAUUUUGUUGUUACAGGGAGAGCAAGUCUCUUGCACUGGAUGAGAACUGUUAAAAAAGCACCUAAUAAAUGCUUUAUGUUUGAAGGUGAUAGAUUUCUAAUACAGUGGUUUAACCUAAAUU